ACCACGACCUCGUUCGACCCGUGAACUUUGGGUCUCAAUUCUACGCCGACUGGACAUAGCGCUCGCGUUUUCUGACCAUGUCGUCUCCGGUUGCUAAUCCAGUGCACAAGAAUCACGUCGACGAGGAAGAUGUUCCUAUGCAACAAUCGGUGCAGGAGAACGAGGGCGACGAUGCAGGAGGCAUGUCCGAUGAUAGCUCGGAGGAGCCUGAAGAGGACGAAGAGGAAGAGAGGCGCAUUAGAGAAGGGUUCAUUGUCGAUGAGGAUGAUGAGGAGGAGGAGGUUGACGAAGGUGAAGAGAGGCGUAGGCGUCGCAAGCGGCGAAAACGCCACCACAAAUAUCACCGAGAAGAAGAGGAGGCGCUUGAGGAAGACGACCUCGAGCUGCUGGAAGAGAACACCGGUGCAUCGUUCCGUAACAGACUCACGCGUCUACGUCGCGCUCGAGAUUCCGAGUCCCCGCCUGCAUCAUCCUCUUCCAAACGCAAGGCAGUCGUAGAGUCGUCCGACGAAGACCUUGAUAACGAUGAUCUGGAUCUCCCUCAUGUCCAGGAUAUCCAAAGUAUCUGGGACGAUGAGAGGAAUGCGGGGGGAAGAGACGAUGAGGAUGACAUAGACGACGACAUGGACAACUUUAUUGAGUACGAGGACGAGGAGGAGACGGGCGGUGCCAUGGACGAGGAUGAACGGGAAGAGCGGAGAAAGGAGAGAAGGAGGUUAGAGAAGGCAAGACGGAAGGCGAUGAGCCGACCAGAGCUCGCCGGUAUCGAUGCAAAUGCUUGGGAUGAGAUACAUGAAGUCUUCGGCGAUGGUCAUGAGUUCGACUGGGCUCUCAUGGACGAAGAGGAGACAGCCUACGACGAGGAGCAAAAGCCAGAAAUAAAGUAUCACGAUGUAUUCGAGCCAUCAGAAAUUCGAGCGCGAAUGUUGACUGAAGACGAUGAUCUAAUACGAGCUCAAGACAUCCCUGAGAGAAUGCAACUCGCUACAUCUACACUAUCGCAGUCGUCGACACCAUCAUUCCGCAAGCCACUUACGGAGAAUGACAUCGAUGACGCGGCCUCGUGGGUCAUCACUCGGCUUUCCUAUCACAAGGAAUAUGAUUUCUUCCGACCAGACGGCCAGUACCAUCAAUACCUGUCAGACCUUGUGCAAGCCAUAUCCUGUGCUCUCAGAUUCCUCUUUAUUCAGGAGUACGAAGUGCCUUACAUCUGGACACACAAGCGAGAUUACAUUUCGUAUUUCAAUCCUAAAGAUCUCCGAGCAAGCGUAGAGCUUCUCAGCCUUGACGAACUAUGGCGAGUCUAUGCGGUUGGCCAGAAGUAUCGUUCACUCCUGGAGCGACGACAGGUACUGGACUCACUUUACGGCCACCUCGGUGUUCCAGACGAUUACUUCGAAAACGAGAUUCGCAAGAGGAUAGAGAGCGUCGUGAUGAUUGCCGAUGCAACCGAGUGGCUGGGGCUUAAGUACAGGGAAGACAAGAAAAGCAGACUCGAGCUUCAUUUCCACGACGAUGAUGAACAGAUCGACAUCAAGAAGCCGAAGAAGCCCAGUCGCAUCUCAGCCUAUGAGCUCGCUAAGAAGAGCGUUGUGUCCAAAUUGGCGGAGGGCUUUGGCAUUCAACCUCAGGAGGUGGCCCUUAACUUCGUCUCGGGUAACAACACUUACUUCAUCGAGGAUCAAGAGCUUAAUCCGAUCGCAUAUGCUGAGCAAUUCGCGGACCCUGAUGCUGGCCGAGCGCAAUCUCCCGAAGAGCUGCUCUCCCGCGCACGUAUGAUAUUGGCCACAGAACUAGGCAAAGAUCCUCUUCUCAGGCAGGAAAUCCGCACUGUCUUCAAGUCUGAUGCUCUGGUGUCGGUGUUGCCUACGGAACGCGGUGUCAUGAAGAUUGAUGAACACAAUCCGUACUUUAAUUUCAAGUACUUGCACAACAAACCGGCCGCUGAUAUGUUGCGUUCAGCACAGUUCCUGCACACUUUGCAGGCUGAGUCGCAGCACUUGGUCACGGUGUCGAUCACGCUCCCUCCGGAGGCAAAGGCCGCCUUCGAACGCAGAAUGAACGAUGCAUUCUCGUCAGAUAGCUUUAGUGACACUGCGCGUGCAUGGAAUGAAGAGCGCUCCCGGACUGUGCAAGAGACGCUCGAGCAGCACCUCAUUCCUAUUGGUGUAAAGUGGACAAGGGAAUGGAUGCGAGAGGAAGCUGAGGAGUUCCUGGCCGAGUCAUGUGCCCAAAUCCUUCACGAAAGGAUUGACGUGGCUCCGUAUGCGACUCAAGAUAUGCAAGUAGGCGAAAUUCCCUCAGUACUUGCAAUGUCAUGGGGCAAAGGCGAUCCUCACAAAGAUGUCAUCACCAUCGUUUUCAUGGACGAGGCUGGGCGUCUACGGGAGCACACCAGACUAGACAACCUCGUUGACAGUGAGUACAAGGACGAGUUCCUCGACAUCCUGAAGAGGCGCAAGCCGGACGUUAUUGUCAUCGGCGGAUUCAGCAUCGCGACCAUGAAGUUGGCUCAGCGAGUCAAGGAGAUCAUGAGGCCGAAUGUUGAGGGCGGAGAGUAUGGGGAUCGCCGCGAAGACUCGUUCAACAUCGAUGUCAUUUAUGUCUUAGACGAGGUGGCUCGGAUUUACCAGCAUAGCAAGCGUGCUGCUGAAGAGUUCAGUGCGCUGUCGCCUCUUGCCAAGUAUUGUGUGGGUUUGGCGCGGUAUGCGCAAAGCCCACUGAACGAGUACGCUGCUCUGGGCGCCGAUAUCAAGGCUAUAAUGUUCGACGAGGACAAUCAGAAUCUGAUUCCGACGGAGAAGUUGUUGUCCGCUUUGGAGCGAGUGCUGGUUGAUGUCACCAACAAAGUUGGUGUCGACAUCAACCGUGCUGUGACCGAUUCAUAUUACCAGCACUUGCUGCCAUACAUCUGCGGAUUGGGUCCCCGUAAGGCGCAAGUACUAGCCAAGAAGAUUGCGUCUAUGGGCGGUAACCUCAUCAACCGAGAUCAAUUCAUUAAGAACGGUCUUCUUACCACCAAGAUAUUCCUCAAUGCGGCUGGCUUCUUGCGCAUUGUCCAGGACCCAGAAUCAAAGCUGUCCAAGAACCGCCACAACGAGGACAUCGACGUUCCUGAUCCUCUCGAUAAUACCCGCAUACACCCAGAAGACUAUGAGUUAGCUCGGAAGAUGGCAACGGAUGCACUCGAGCUGGAUGAGGAAGAUAUCCACGACGAGCAUCCUUCGCUUGUGGUCUCCCUCAUCAUGGCGGAUGAGAACAACGAGAGAAAGCUUGACGAGCUGAACCUCGAUGAUUUCGCCGUCAACAUGUACGAAACUAACCAAGACAAGAAACGGCAUACGCUCAACGUCAUCCGUACGGAACUGCUCAAGCCCUUCGGCGAGCUACGCGAGAAAUUCUCGCUGCCGACUCCCUGGGAGGUCGCGAUGAUGCUGACGGGAGAGACGCCGCGCACGUUGCGUGCCGGCCUCAUCGUGUCCGUGAUGGUCGUGCGCGUCAAGCAAAAUCUCGUCGCGGUGCGGCUCGACUCGGGCAUCGAAGGCAUCAUUCACGCGCAGUACCUCGCUGACCAGCCAGUUUCCCCGCCGUCCGUCGUCAAGCAAGGUCAGACGCUGCAGGGCGUGAUCAUUGAUGUCAAGACGGACCUCCCACCGGACAGUCCCUGGGUCGAGCUGUCGUCGCGGCCGUCGGACAUCAGCGCGGGCGAUAGCCAGUUCUGCCGGGUUAAGCACGAUGAUUUCUGGAAUCACACGCAGCAUGAGAGGGAUAUGGAGAUCCAGGCACGGAAGAAACGCGCAGAGGUCGACAGGACGCGGAGGGUCAUCAAGCAUCCGAACUUCCAUAAUUUCAACGCGCAGCAGGCGGAGCAAUACCUGGACAAGCAACAGCGCGGGGACGUGGUUAUCAGGCCGUCAUCAAAGGGCGUGGACCACCUUGCUGUGACUUGGAAAGUGGAUGACAAGCUCUUCCAGCAUAUCGACGUCGUUGAGCCAAACGCUGAUCCCACUGGCCAGACUGUGGGUACGAAGCUUAUUGUUGAUGGCACUCAUCAGUAUUCCGACUUGGAUGAGUUGAUCGUCAAUCACGUCCAAGCUAUGGCUCGCAAGGUUGAGGAGCUGAUGGCGCACGAGAAGUUCAAGCAUGGAUCGGAGGAUGAUCUUCACCUCUACCUGAAGAAUUUCGUCGCCGCAAAUCCUGCGAAGAGCGCGUACGGUUUCGCGCUGAACCGCAAGCGCCCGGGCCACUUCAGUCUCUGCUUCUUGGCAAAUAAGAACUCCACGGUGCAGACAUGGCCGGUGAGAGUGACUCCGGAGGCAUAUUACCUUUUUGAUACGCCGGCCACUGGUGUGUCAGAAUUGUGUGAUGCCUUCAAAGUCAGACAUAUCCACGAAUCCAAAAACCUCGGCGGCGGUGGUCUGAGUGGCAAGACGCCAUAUGGCGGUCGUACCCCAGCGCGGACGCCGGCACCAGGCCAUGCUACCCCUGGACACAUGUCGGUGCGACAAGCAGCCAGGACGCCGAAUCCAUACGGCGUACCAAGCGGUGCUCCAGCUCCCACCAGCCUCAGUUCGACGAUGCCGAAGCCAUUCGGCGCGCCCAUGCCGCAGCCCUUCGGAGCGUCGCCGUUCGGGAUGCCGGCACAGACGCCGUAUGGUGGCUAUCAGACACCAUCAUACCCGUCGCAGCCGCCGCCGCCUCCCACUGUGCCGCCAGGCGUGCACCCGUCUCGUGCUGCGAUGAUUCAGCAGUCGGAGGGAUGGGGUUCGCAGGGCGGGUGGUCGUGAGGCGCAAUCUGUAUCUAAUCAGAGGCAGUAUUCUUACGGGGUGCUUUCUUUAUGUACUGGUGU